CUCCUUCCUGUUGUCCACACUUCCUCCCCGCUGAGGUGGAGGUCGGAGCAGGUAGUGUAUGAAGGAGGACGGAGGUGGUUUAGGGGACGACACGGUCCGAUGGUGGAGGCUGGACGUCAGGGACGUCGGGUGGUGGUAGAGCCGGAUCAGUUCGCUGAAGGUUGGGGAGCUCCGUCUGCUCGAGAGCUUCUGCUGCCGGGGGAAAAGUCCUCCUGGGCUUCUGACAGCAGCUAUGAAAAGUAGCAUUAGGUGUUUUGGUUCCCUCAUGUGGUCCCUGCUGAACAGACAAGUCACAUGCAGCUGUCAGGACCAUCAGAUCAUGGAUGUAAUAAACAAGAUCUGAGUCAUCGUUGUCAUUUGAAAGCCUUGAUUACUUAUUGUUAAAAAAGUAUCUUAAUAUGUUUGCAUCCAGUCAAUUGAGGGUGCAGAAACUUAAAAUGAGGGUGCAGUUCAACCUUUUGUACCCUAAACCGGGUCUGCAUGGAUGUUUUACCACAUGCGUCCCUGAAUAGAUAUUUAGAAGGUCGUUACAUCGCUGUGUGUGUGUGUGUGUGUGUGUGUGUGUGAAGGCUCAUGGUCAUGUGAGUAAGUCUCGUGUGUCGACGCGGGUGGAGGAAGUGAUUCAAACAUUUUCAUUCACACAGUCAGCUUCAUUAGAGGCACGCUGCCAGGUGUUGUUGCAGCACAACAUGGCGCUGCCUGUGGACGCAGAAACAAACACAAAGUAAGUCGCUGCAGAUCGCUGACUCCACAGAUUUGUAGUCGGAGGUUAGACGCACUUCAGGGAGCAUGAGCGAGGCUGAAGUCCUCAUAUGAUUUGUAAUAAAGUUUCCUGUACUUCAUGUUCGUCUCCCGUCCUCUAUCCGCAGUCCGUCCACGUUUCACGCAGCCAUCAAAGAUGAGGAAGCGCGUCAUCGCUCGCCCGGUGGGCAGCUCGGUGCGCCUGAAGUGCACGGCGAGCGGUAACCCUCGCCCCGACAUUGUCUGGCUGAAGGACAGUCGGCCGCUGGUGGACGAGGACGCCGGAGCGGCAGGAAGAGGAGACGGGGAAGGGAAGAAGAAGAGGUGGACUCUGAGUCUGAAGAACCUGACGCCAGAGCACAGCGGGAAGUACACCUGCCACGUCUCCAACCGCGCCGGAGAGAUCAACGCCACGUACAAAGUGGAGGUCAUACAGCGUACAAACUCUAAACCCAUUCUGACCGGGACUCACCCUGUCAACACCACCGUGGACUACGGGGGAACCACGUCCUUCCAGUGUAAAGUCCGCAGCGACGUCAAGCCGGUCAUUCAGUGGCUGAAGAGAGUCGAAGCCGGAGACGAGAACAAAUUCAACUCGACCAUAGAGGUUGGAGACCACCGCUUUGUGGUCCUGCCUACAGGGGAGGUUUGGUCACGCCCCGAUGGAUCCUACCUCAACAAGUUGCUGAUAACGCGCGCCAAGGAGGAGGACGCCGGCAUGUACAUCUGCCUGGGAGCCAACACGAUGGGCUACAGCUUCAGGAGUGCCUACCUUACUGUGUUACCAGAUCUGAAGCCCCAAAGCAACUCUAUCCCCGCGGCGACCUCCCCGAGCCUCCCCUGGCCCGUCAUCAUAGGAAUACCGGCAGGAGUCGCCUUCAUCUUAGGCACCGCCCUCCUCUGGUUCUGCCAAUCAAAACGCACCUGCUCUUCCUCUUCUUCCUCUACCUCUUCAACUUCUUCGACCUCCUCGGCUCUUCCUGCCGCCCAGCGUCUGCCCGCGGCCAAUCGUGAGCGUGCUUGCUCCGCGGUGCCUCAACAGCCGGCCAGCGGGGAUAAAGAUUGUCUUUCGUACGAGGACUACAUCGCCCAUCAGCAGCUGCUACUCGCUCAGGGCGGCACUGGAUUGGCCCCCAAAGUCUACCCCAAGAUUUACACGGAUAUACACACACACACGCACUCGCAUGUGGACGGGAAAGUGCACCAGCACCAGCACAUUCACUACCAGUGCUAGCAGCGAGGCUAGCAGCGAGGCUAGCAGCGAGCUAGCAGCGAGGCUAGCUCCAAGCUGUGAUGUUUCAGCUCUAUCAUGAACAUGUUCCUGUGUGUGGAGACUCAACAGUCCAAACUGAACAAAAAAAACAAGGAAAGACAUUCAAGAGACGAUGCAGAUUCAAACAGAAACUUUGGACCGCACAGCCCGUCCUCUUUCUGCUGCAGCCCGUGAUAACGUGCUAACCAGAACUCAUUCAAGACACAUAAAUGAAGAAUGUAAAGAAAAGAAAUCCUUAUUUUUAGCCAAGCUGGAGGUGAAUCCAGUGUAAUCUAUGAGAAAAUAACCUUAAAUAUAUUUUAUUCCUUUUUUUUAUGUCAAAUCUUUUCUAUGGAUUCUUAAAUCCAGCCUCGAGGUAACCCAACACGUCAUCCAUCUCUGUUCUUUAAACACACAACCACGACCUCCACUCAGACUCACCGCCACCUCAAGGCUCCAACAGUCCUCCUGUAAAUAGUGCAACACGAUUGUAUAGCAUUUAGCAUGCUACUUCA